UCCGAGCGCGCAGCUAAGUUGGGCGCGCUGUCAGAUCUAAAUCAUUCGAAAUUCAAAUUUAAAUAGAGAACGACGCUUGAAGUAUUCUGUGACAGUGUUGUGCUUUUUGUGAGUCGGAACGCAUUGGAGGGUCGAGUUUUCACUUUGCGAGAGAAUUAGCAAGCAUCAUGCUGCAGCAGAUCCUUCGUGACAUGUGGGUUGACCCGGAGAUCCUCGCCGAGCUGGACGAGACACAGAAACAGACUCUCUUUUGCAAAAUGAGAGAAGAACAGGUCCGUCGCUGGCAGCUAUGGGAUGAUAAAGUGUGUAAGGAAGACACUGAACGAAAAUUCACUUCCAACGGGAAAAAGCAAGUGCAAUUUCUUAAGGGUGAAGAUGGAGAACCAUGGGUGUGGGUGAUGGGUGAGCAUCCCAACGACCAAUCUAUCGAGUGCAUCUUAGCUGAAGAGGCAAGGCAAAGAGCACUCGCCCAGGCAAGAGAAGAGGCACACCAGCUGCGCAAAUCGGUUGAGAAGGAGCUCACACAUCUUAUUGACUAUAAACCUUUGGAUAGCUUAGAACAGAAAUUCGACCUAUCUCCAAAGACCGUAGACAGUUUAGAAGAUACAUUGGACUUAUACUGCACAGUGGAUGAGCUAAGGGAGAGGAUGGCGGCGCUGGAAGCUGAAGAUAAAAAAGGAAUUGAGAAGACAUACUGCGAUGAUAUCAAACUGGACUUAAAGCAGAAUACGCUGCAUUUUAACUUCAUUGAAGGAAAGAAGGAUAUCCAAGACUCGAACGUGUGUCGUGGAGAUGGAGUAAGUCUUCGUGUUGCGGCGUGGGAGCGUCGUGUAGCGGCGGCUAGAGCGGGCGAUAUAUUGCGGGGCUUAAAAGCGCGGCGCGCGCGCACCUUACGGGACGCGCAGUUGCAGGCGAAGGACGAGGAUGCUGUGUGGAGGGAACAGGAGAGGAAAGCGAAGGAAGCGGAAGCUGCCAUGAGAGAAAUAGCAAGAGCAGCUCGUGAAGCCCAUCGUCGAAGCAAUGAACCCGAAUCCGUCUGUCCUACACAAGUCAACAAACCACCGAAUAAGGAGGCUGUCGUGGAAUGGUUUAGGAAGCAAAAAAUGGCGGGCGGCAUUUUCGACGACAACAAAACCGCGGAAUGGUUUCACGGAUUAAUCAGCCGAUCGGAAGCCGAGCAGGCUCUAUGUAAUAAAUCAGAAGGGACCUUCCUGGUCCGAUUGUCAGAGCGAGUGUGGGGCUACGCGAUAUCAUACCGAGCGGAGUCGCGGUGCAAACACUACCUUGUCGAUACAAGCGAUGGUUACCGUUUAUUAGGCGCAGGGCAGAUCUCUCAUAAUACCUUAGCCGAUCUCAUAAAUUACCAUCAAGAGGUCCCAAUAACAGAAAGUGGAGGCGAGUUGCUGGUGAGCGCGUGCAUUCCCGCUCAAACGCGUGUCAUAUAAGCGCCGCCAUUUUGGAGUCAGAUAUUCGAAAUAUUGUUACUAUUAUGUUAAGACCAUUUACUCAGUCAUUGUAUAUUAUUUUAGUUAUAACAUUAGCUCAUUAUAAUAUUAAAUAAUAGGAGAAACUAAUUGUUUUCUUCUAUUAGUAAUGACAUGAAAAUUAGACUUUGCUAUGUGCUUUUUCAGGUGCUUCUAGAAGUAUAAACUUGUACGGCCAUUAUUAAUCGUGGACUACAGAUAAAACAAUUCGUUACCAGGGUUACCAUAUUUAAAAUACAAAUAUCAUAACUAUGGUAAAAAAUACUAUCUCUAGUCCACGUUUUUGAAUAAGGCCAAAUUUUAGCGGCCUCAUUAAUAAUGUAACGAAUAAAAUUUGAGGCCGAAAUACUUAGUUCGUUAAAUGCAUUUUUAGGUUAAGUUUAUGAACAUUGUAAUUAGACUCGCUUAAUGGGUUGUUGUGAUAAUUUGAAAGGUUCAUAACCAUUGGUUACUUCAGUAUUAUUUUUACAAAAAUCUCCCGAAUUUUGGGGUAAUUGAGCCAAAGUAAAUUGUAUCAGAAAAACUCUUAAUAUGCCAUUUAUUGUAGUUUUUCUUCUCUUAUUGUGUAAUGUAUUAUAACUGCCAAUUAGAAUAAAUUAUAAAUAAUCAA